AAGACCAGAGAUCGUGUGGGUAGGUGUUUUGCCAUGAUAGGCCAUGCAAUAGUGCUUUAGCACUAGAUUUCUGUAGCUUUGGAUAUGUUGCUUGGGUAUUUCCAAGGGCAAGUAAUAUAUGUAAGUUUCAUUAGUUCUCAAUUUCCAUUAACCAUAUUCUUUCAUCAGAAAAUGAAGCUAUUCGGGUUUUCGGUGACGGAUGACAGUGACCGAGUCGCCAUGAUCAUCGAGAGCAAGAAGUUUGAGUGUCAGUACUGUGGCCGGAAGUUUGAAAGCUCUCAAGCGUUGGGCGGACAUCAAAACGCACACAAAAGAGAAAGGCAGCUUGAAAGGAUGGCCAUGUUAGACCGUGUCCAACAUCAUCAUCCUCCUCCCAAUCAUGGUCAUCGUGAUCAAUAUCAACGGGUAGCGACAAGUGUACCCAUAAUCGUUGGCUCUAGUGGAUCCACAAGCAAUAUCAAUGGUGGUUCUGAUCAUGGUCAUGCUGGUGCAGCUCGGGUCCCGUCUGUGGUAGCCCCCAGAAACCCUCAUGGCUUGAACUUCAAACAUAUCAAACAGGUUGUUCCCAACGUAGAUGAAGGAAAUGAUGUUGAUCUGCGUUUGAGACUUUGAGUCUUAAUAUUCAAUAAACUGGUUACUUAGAAAGCUUUUUUCUGUCAUUUCGUGUAUGGUUGAGAACUUGCGUGUUCAAUUAUUUGGUUUCCAAUGCCAUCCAGAGAACCCUAAAAAGGUGCAUGUUAGAGCUCAUCAAUGGACAAGCAUUGUUUUACAAUGUAUCAAACGAUGCAUAUGCUAUGAAAUAGAUCAUUUAUGUCUUUA